AUGACUGAGCAACAAGACGGCUUUGGCUGCAUCUCUGAUGCCACACUAGCUGGGAUUCAGAUUGAGAAAAUCCCUUUCGAGGACGAGGCUCAGGUGGAUAUGCCACCACCGGGGACUUCUGUUGUUUCUUUCAUAGCAAAAUUAUUUGAACUUGUCAAUAACAAAGACACACAGAAAUAUAUUUGUUGGAGCGAACAGUUCAAACGACGAGCUAUAUUCAUUCCUGAUCCUGUUGAGUUUUCAAAACAAAUACUCCCACAAUUCUUUAAACACUCAAACAUAUGUUCUUUUGUGCGUCAACUCAACAUCUACGGCUUUAAGAAACUUGAAACUCCAACUGGGUUUUGUUUCAGACAUGACAGUUUCAUCGCAGACCACCCAGAGCUCCUACCUAAUAUCCAAAGAAAGAAGCCAACACCACACAGAAAGAAAACGGGCGGAGACGACACUACUUCGUUGUACCAAUACCUCUUAGCACAAUUGGUUGGACUUCAAAAGCAAAACACAGAGACCCAAACGCAAAUUGGGACAUUGAAAGAGUUGUUAUACCAACUAAAACUUCGAGAGGACACACUAGAAGUAAAGUUAUAUCGAAUGGCAGAGACGAUAAUGCCCUCUAUGAAUUCAUAUAGUAUGAUGUUUAAUCAAGCCAACUUUCUGUCGAUGAUGUCACAACAAAACAACACACAGACACAACAAACGAAUGAUCAGAACAAUCCGUUUUUGAUGCCGUUUGCUGUUGGAAUGACUCAAGCAAAUUCACAACAAAACGCACAAACCACAAUGCAACAGGCACAACAAAGCCAGAUGAGUCAGUGGGGACAACAAAAGUCGAACGAAGACACAGCCCCACAACAACAGCAACAACAGGACAACAACGGUUUUGUACAGUGGGAUUUUCAGAAUGCGAUUCCAUGGAAGUUUUAA